AGAAGAAAUAGUUUUUUAAGAAAUUUAGUUUACUUUAAAAAUUUACGUAGUAAACUAAGUAGGAGUUCUGUUAAUAUGUUAAAUGCAUCGACGUAAUUUUGUAAUAUUCAAUUAGCGCUUUGUUAUUUCUAUGAUUUGUGAUAAAAUUGCAAGGCAAUGUCACACAUUAAUGACCUAAUUGGCGUAGUCAGGGGCCUGAGGAUAGUUGUGGAAGCCGGAGUCAAACUCCAGCAGGAAAAUGCUAGAAUCAUCUGGAAUAACUCAACCAUUAAGGCUUUCGCUCAAACCUGUCCAACUAACUCUAUAUCUAACAUCAAAGUUAGCCCAGACUUUGGCAAAGAGCUUUUUGACCGAGCUUCUGUUGUCGCUCAAGGUUUCCGACAGUACGCAGUAAUGAACGUCCCCAAUUUUACAACGAAUCCAGAGACUAAAGCUGCCAUGGAUCCAAAGUUGCAAGAGGAAAUAGAGGAGCUCAACCGGGAGUUCAAUCGGACCUUCGAAAGUUUGGAGAAAGCUCAGUUACGAACGGAACAGCCGAAUGAUAGAAUUCAUGUUCCGUUAGAGAAUGUAACUGUGCGGAAGGUUGAGACUCGUACUCCUGAUAUUUUAACUGAAAUUAAGCCAAGCAGUGCAACAACUAGUGCAGGAAAACCAAAGCCUGUUGCCAAGAAAAAGAUUAGAGUGGCACUAAGCGAGAACUCGAAAGCUCGCGUAGUCCCAUCGUCCCGGCUCGGCCGAAUGUUCUCUUUCGGCUCGCUGGCCGCCGGGCUCGGCGUCGGCACGGUGGCUCAGUACGCUCGCAACACCAUCCAGUCCGUCACGGGCAAGACGGACGAUUCCGCUAACACUUUCCUGUCGCCCGCCAACGCUGAAAGGAUUGUGGACACGCUGUGUAAAGUCAGAGGAGCGGCGCUGAAGCUUGGCCAACUGCUGAGCAUUCAGGACGAGUCGGUGAUAUCUCCAGAGUUGCAGCGCAUAUUCGAGAGAGUGCGCCAGUCGGCAGACUUCAUGCCUGCAUGGCAAGUGGAACAGGUGAUGGCGGGUCAGUUGGGAGCGGAGUGGCGAACGAGAGUGCAGCAUUUUGAAGAGAAACCAUUUGCAGCCGCAUCCAUAGGCCAGGUGCACCUAGCGGUACUGCACAACGGUACGGAGGUGGCCAUGAAGGUGCAGUAUCCUGGCGUUGCGAAGGGCAUCAAUAGCGACAUUGACAACCUCGUCGGCGUGCUCAAGGUGUGGAACGUGUUCCCAAAGGGGAUGUUUAUAGACAACAUAGUGGAAGUGGCCAAGAAGGAGCUCGCUUGGGAGGUGGACUACCGCCGCGAGGCCGAGUGCACUAAACGGUUCAAGACUCUACUCGCGCCCUACCCUGAGUACUUCGUGCCCGAUGUUGUAGACGAGCUCUGCGCGCAAGAAGUGAUAACAACUGAACUAAUAGACGGCAUACCUCUAGACAAGUUUUUUGACGCUCCGUACGAAACCCGGCUCGACAUCGCUUACAAGAUCAUGCAGCUUUGCUUGCGGGAGAUGUUCGUGUUGCGCUGCAUGCAGACCGACCCCAACUGGGCCAAUUUCUUCUACAACCCCAACACUAAACAGGUGAUCCUCCUAGACUUUGGCGCGACCCGGGAGUACUCAAAAGAGUUUAUGGACCAGUAUAUAGAGAUCAUUAAGGCGGCAUCCGACGGCGACCGCGGCGCCAUCUUGCGGAUGUCCAAGGAGAUGAAGUUCCUUACGGGUUACGAGUCUAAGAUAAUGGAAGAAACCCACGUGGACACAGUGAUGAUAAUGGGUGAAGUAUUCACCAGUACCUCGGGCGAAUUCGAUUUCGGCACCCAACGCACAACCCGCCGUAUCCAAGCUCUAGUACCCACAAUACUGACGCACCGUCUCUGUCCACCGCCGGAAGAAAUAUACUCGCUACAUAGGAAAUUAUCUGGUGUGUUUCUUCUCUGUUCUAAAAUGAAGAUUAGAAUGAACUGUAGGGACAUGUUCCGGGAGAUAUAUGAACAGUAUAAAGAUAGGUAAUGAGGAUUAAGAAAUAAAACUAUGAAAACGGAUUAUAUCGCGUAUAUUGAAUUUAUAAUACAUCCCGACGUUUCGAACUCUUUACAGCGUUCGUGGUCAACGGGUGACUGAGGAAAAAUUACAAAGUGCAAAAAUACCCACAUACUAAAAUAAUGAACAAUCAUAGACUACAAACUUUAAGGCUGGUUGUACAUGCAAAAUCGGUUCAUAAGGCUAGUUAUACACUACAAUUAUUUCCAAGUAAAGAUAUAUAUAUAUAUACGCGAUAAAAACUAUGUAUUAUAAAUUCAAUAUACGCGAUAUAAUCCGUUUUCAUAGUUUUAUUUCAUGAGUAACUAUCGCGGUAACCGAAGACAAUAUAAUGAGGAUUAAGGUUAAUGAUUUAAACUUUCACGAUUUUUAAUCGUUCACAACGACGGGACUUAAUCGCGUAAUAGUUAUUUACGAUACAAGUGCGGAAAAGAGGAAAUUCGAAACGAGUGGAGAUACGACACGACCGCAGGGAGUGUUUUAAAUCGACACGAGUUGCGAAUUACCCAUUCGCACGUGUAUCGAACAACGUUUUACAGUACAUAUGGCCCUUUAAACUUUCGACAUAUGCACAAAAAGUGUCCGAGAAAGUAGCACCAUAUGUACUGUAAAAUAAGUUUUAAAUGUACCUCCGACGUUUGAAGGACGGCGUUGUCCCCGUGGCCUCGGAGAAGA